AUGGCUUCACCUAAUGGUGUUUUUAACCACUUAACCUAUUUUCUGGCUGCUGGUGCUGUUACUUUGGGAAUUGGUUUCUUUGCUUUGGCAUCAGCUUUGUGGUUCCUGAUUUGCAAACGAAGAGAAAUAUUUCAAAAUUCCCAAUUUAAAGCAACUGAUGAGAGAUGCAGGCAACGACCGUCAAAGGCGAAGAGUAAAUGUCAGUCUCAGUGUGUUUUCAUUUCUCGAAAUUUUCAUACUGGAAGAUUCCAAUCCCAGGAGGAGCAAAGAAGAAAAGAAACAGCACCCAUAAAAGCAAUUAAAGGUCACUCUAAAGAUGGAUUCUGCCUUACAAUAAAAAAGGUCACUCGUGACCCCUCAGAGUCCAGCUUGACAACAAAUCGCAGCAGUGUUACCUUAGGCUUAUCAGCAUUACCAUCUGAUUCUCACUACAGCCAAAGCAUAGAAGCAGCUGAUGACUGGUUUUCUGAUGAUUCUCUAGCAAGAAAGAGCUCGCCAAUGCCUCUUCUCAGGGAACCUCUAAUGGAAAAAGUAUUUUCAUACCUGUCAACCAUUUCAUUAGAAGACUGUCCUGAAAAUGUACUGAAUAUGGCGCUUUAUGAUAAUCAAAAAGAUGACAGCAUUAAGGAAGUAUUUUCACGAGGAAAUGCAGAGGUGGAAAUACAAAACCUUCAACAUAAUAUUGAAUGACUUUUCUUUUGAAACUUUGUAUACACUGAAAUCAUGUAAAGUUAAAACUGAAUUACCAGCUUCCGAGUCUCUUAACAUGUCCAUGCUAAUAUUGCUUUUCCUGUUCUUUACCGUGGAGUGGUCCUACAUGCCUUGCCGGUUCUUCUUUCUAGAAAGAAAAUUACAGGAAGAACUAGAGUGAUAUGAACAUUAAGCUUAACUCCUUGUAUCUCA